AACACUUGCUAUUCAGACGCCAUUGCUAGACCUUCGUAUCUCUCCACUACACAUUUUCGAAAAAGAGGAUGGGAAGUAGAUUGGGAAGAAGAGUAGUAAACUUUGCGAAUAUUCCAAUAAAACUGUUAAUGCCUUCCUCUUUCUCCAACAUCACUGAGAUCUCCCUCAAAACCAUCCCUUCUGCUUCCAAGAUUGAGAUAAAAAGGGUUUUGGAGUCUCUGUACGGGUUUGAAGUUGAAAAGGUCCAAACCCUCAACAUGGAUGGAAAGAAGAAGAAGAGAGGUGGGCUGUUAAUUGCUAAACCAGACUACAAAAAAGCUUACGUUACUCUUAAGAAUCCAUUGUCUAUAUCGCGGGACCUUUUCCCUAUCCGAGUGAUCGAAGAGGAAAAGAAGAAUAUGAGCAAGAAAUCUAAGUCUAGCAGCAUUGUUGAGGAUGAUGAACCUAAAAAGAUGCAUUGGCUUGACGAGAAGAAAGAUGGAAGGAAUCGGUCACCUAUGAGAUUCAAUCGUGGCCCUGGCCGUGACCGUGUUGGAGAACGUUUGGAUGUUGGCCGCGAACGUCAUGGAGUACGUCGGGAUGUUGGUGCUGCUGCAGCAGCAAAGUUCCCUUGGAGCAGUAUGAGGUCUUAUGCUUCUAGGUAGAUUGUCUUUUUCUUUGGAAUAAUUGAAUUUGUAUGCAUCCAUCAUUGUGUUUUUAGUACAUCUAUGAUGUAUUUAUCUCCGUAUGUUGCUAGUUUAAUUCCAAAAAGUUAUAUGGAGUUUUAUGGU